UACUUCAAGAAGACAAACGAUUCCUGGGUGUCAAUUGAGUCACUUGUGAUUGAUAAAGACUUCACCGAGAUGGCCGCUUUGCAAGCGGAAUUCCCAGCAGCUUCGGUAUUUUUAUGCCAAUUUCACGCUUUGCGCUACAUUCGCCGGAUACUUGGUAGUCGAGGGUACUUUGUGCCCUUGAAACUACGUGAUGAAGUCGAAGAGCUAUUCCGCUCACUGAUGUAUGCAUCCUCACCCGAACGGUACAAAGCUCGUUUGGCAGUUUUCGAAAAACGUGUCUCGGAGAUAAGUCCCUCUUUCCUGGCGUACUUUCGCCGAUGCUGGGAUAAGUGCAGCGAGCGCUGGAGUAACUAUGGCCUUCGGCAACGAUUUACUGCUGGCAACACCACGACCAAUCGGAUUGAGUCUAGUUGGGGGCAGAUUAAACAGCUUCUCCGAAAAAAGUCAGCAUGGACAAGUGUUUGA